AUGAAUAAUUCGAGAUCAACAGUCAGAAAGGGUACAAACAACCUCCCAGUUUAAACAGGAGAUUUGGAAGAAUAUAUAUAAAUAUUGUAUGAUCAUUAAAAGAGUUGUGAGAAGGCAGGAAAAUAUUUGGAGGCAGAUUAAGCAAAAAAAAGACUGGGGGAAUUGAAAAAAGAUUUGGAUUCCAAAAACAAGUAUGAAGUCAAGGAUAGACAUACCAAUGAAAAAUAAGAAAUUGAGAAGGCUCAUCUUGAAGAAUUCAAUCAAUUUAACGAAUUCUGGGAUCAGAAAAUGGCUGAAUUUGAUCAAGAGGCUCAAAGAGUCAAAGAAUAAGUUCUUCAAAGACACGAUGAAGAAUUGAAACAAUUUACAGAUGAAUUAGAAAACUCAAUCCCUGUUAAACCAAAAGAUUCAGCAGAAUUGUUGAGUUUGAGAAAAACUGAAGAAUCUUUGGCAAGAUAAGAAAAUUACCAAGAAGCUCAUAUAACUUAAUAAAGAAUUUUAUCGAUGGAAAGAGAAGAGUAUGAAAGAUGGAAUCAGUCAAGAUCAGGCAAGAUCAGAAAUCUCAUUCUUCAACUUAAACAAAAGUAAAGUACUGAAAUAGGUGCCUUACAAUAAAGAAUUAUUUCAGGAUAGGAAGAACAAAGAAAGAUUAGAUCAUAGGAAUUAGAGAAAUUAUUAUAAAAGUAUUAAAAUGUAAGAAAAGAGUUGAGCAGUUAAUAAAAUUAAGAAAUAACAAGACUUGAUAAAACAAUGAAGAACCAAUCCAUCAUGUAACAAUCAAGAAUGAACUCAUCCAAAAUGUAGGGUUCCACUAUGAGAAAAGGAGACGAAGAAAAUUACUAUAUAAAAUGA